AUGUCCCCGCUGAUUUCUAAACGAAUCCCAGUCGUCGGUCUCACCGGGGGUAUCGCAACGGGCAAAUCAACCAUACCCGUCAUCGACGCAGACGUCCUCGCACGAGAAGUAGUGCAACCCGGAACAAAAGGGCUCACUCAAAUCGUCGCAUACUUUGGCUCUGAAGUGCUGUUCCCAGAUGGCACCCUCGACAGAAAGAAACUUGGUGCUAUUAUCUUCAAUAACGAGGUGAAGCGGAAGAAAUUGAAUUCUAUCAUCCAUCCUGCUGUUUCGCGUGCCAUUCUUUGGAAUGUGUUUUGGUGCUGGAUGAGAGGGGAGAAAUUAUGUGUUGUGGACGUCCCUCUUCUGAUAGAAGGAGGGCUGUGGAAAUGGAUGGGGAAAGUUGUCGUGGUGUAUUGCUCAGCAGACAUUCAACUGCAAAGGCUCAUGAUGCGCGAUAAUUCGUCUCGCGAAGAUGCUUCAGCACGCCUUAAUUCGCAGCUUCCUAUAACGCAGAAAGUAGAGUAUGCCGACAUCGUCCUUGAUAAUUCUGGCACCUUGCAGGAUCUGGAACAGCAAGUUCGUUUGUGUCUUGUGAAGCUGGAACGGACAGCUGGGUGGUCAUGGAGGCUUAGUUGGUUUUUCCCUCCAUUUGCUUUAGUUUCUGCGCUAUGGACGUUGGGAUGGAGGUCCGCAAAACGAUUGCGACAACGGAGUCGGAGACCACUAGAGGGAAUUUAG